CCAAACGACUCUCAUCUGCCUCUUAACGUUAAUUAUGCCUAGUAUUCUUCGUAGAUCAUAUCUGAUCUACAUGUUCGGUGCACUGUGUGGGUCCUGAAUGUAGGCCAUAAAUAUUGCGAAAAUUUUCAGGCAUCGGACGAAUUCGGCUGACAGAGCCAAAGGUUGCGAAAGAGGGGGGAAAAAACCUUUGCGGGGGCUUAGUGGCUGUUCAUAACAAGGUCACGGGUUCGUAUCCCAGCCAUGCCGGCCGCGUUCCGUUGGGGGCAGAAUGCAAGAAAGCGCUACUCUAUCGCACACUCUAAAAAAAUAAAGCUUCCAGGCGACCAAAAUCAAUGCGGAGACGUAUACUGCGGAAUCAAUAAUCAUAAUCCACCGUACACUUCGGUACGUUAAACGCUGCAAUAAAAAAAAUAAAAAAUAAACGUAGUGAAUUGUCAUCCACCAGUAGCUUCGUGCUAAAUAGAAGUCGAUUACGAUUGGCCUUCUUACGAAACUUUCCCCAUCUUGCGGAUUUCCUAAAAACUAAUUAAUUUGCACUAAUAUGGGCUGAUGAUUUUGAUGACAAUGAUUACGUCUACCACAAUUCAAAUCGGAUUGUUGCCCUCAUUUCGUGACACAGUUAACCUGAAUGGUUUUGGAAAGUUGAAAAAAAGAAUGCGCUGACACGCCUAUGUUGCUUCCUCCAGGGAAAGGAUGUACAUUCAAGCAGCUGUCAUUUACGGGCACGUGAUCUUCGACGACAGGGGACAUGGCGUAGUCGUACCGCCCACCUUCUGGAACUCGUCGGCGACAGCGGCACACUAUCCUUUCAAUCUGGACACGGCCCACACGGCUCUCCAGAACAUGGCGACAGAGAAGCUGGGCUACACGCAGCUCUUUCUUUCGGUCACAAUGGCCGGUCGCCACUACAAGCCGCACAAGAACCCCGGCAUGCUGGAGAAAAAUGACGCGAUCAAAGACCCACUUUUCGUGAGCAUCGCCCUGGCAUGCAAGAGCUACGAUUACAUCUGGGGCUACCACAACACGACACCCAUGGGAGCGUAUUACCACAGCUGGAAAAGGCGUAGGACGCUCACGUACGACGACGAGGAUUCCUUUCGAGAGAAGGCGAGUGCACUAUCACGUACUGCCUCCCUGCAAACAGACCGCUUCUUGGCUCUACAGUUUUCAUCUUAUUGUGUUAUGUCUGCUUAUUGCGUCUGUGGUAACGUUUGUGCAAAUACGAAAGUGGGAAUGUGAGUUCUUGCGAGAUUAUUAAAAAGAAAGUUAAAUUUGCCCAUUUAUAGUAUCGGGGUGAUAAAGUUUUCUCAUGAAUGAUGAAUAUUCGUGCAUUUAUAUGCGAUCGAAUGAGUGAAAUUCAUUCCAGUAUUCCUGCUAAAGUGUUGCGGACAAAGAUGCGAAUAUUUUUUUGUUCUUUUUACCGUGUUGGCAUCUGUCCUCGUGUAAGUACGUCGUGUUGAAUUUGCUUAAGCUGUCACAGCCGUAACAAUGUUACGCGAAUGAAGGAAUAAUUGCUCUGAGGGCUCUUUACAAAAUAUGUUUGCAAAAAAUGAACUGCCGUGCUGUCCAGCGUUACAGCUUACAGCUCGAGCAAAAGGGUCCAUUGAUCCUCGUCUUCGCCGCGGGAAUCCCGCGCGCAUUGUUCAACCACGUGGUACAGGAGACGCGCGCAGGGUGCACUUAACAAUGGGCGCGUUAAGUUACCGCGCUCCGAACUGGAAAGCCACGCAGUGGAGUGC